AUGGCCUACGAAGGGUACGGCACGGUGUACACGCUCAACUCGCCGUCCGACGGCAACUGCAACUUCAUGAGCUGGCCGGACGCCGCCGUCACCAAGUACGCUGCGCUCAACGCCGAGCAGUGGGAGGAGACCAUGAACUGCGGACGCUGCGCUCAAGUCACGUGCACCGACGCGUCGUGCGCCGGCCAGGCGUCCGAGAUCGUGUACAUCAUGGACCAGUGUCCCGGGUGCGCGUACGGCGACCUGGACCUGUCCCCGGACGUGUUCGAGAGCAUCACGGGCCAGUCGUACACGAAGCUGAGCAUCGAGUGGCAGUUCGUGGACUGUCCGAUCUCGAACAACGUGCAGUACUGCCUGAAGACGGGCAGCAGCGAGUUCUGGGUGGCGGUGCAGCCGGCCAACUUCGUGUCGGGCGUGCAGAGUCUGUCGAUCAACGGGCAGGAGACGUCGGUGAUCGACUCGGCGUACUACUUCCUGAUCGACGGCAGCGGCGAGAGCGUGGCGGAUCUGAGCUCUGUGAGCAUUUCGCUGACGGGGGUGAACGGCGAGGUGCUGGAGGAGACGCUGUCCUUGAGUGCUGACGAGUGCACCGAUGGCGCGAAGCAGUUCGCUACCAGUGACAACUCCCAGUCUAUCAUCAUUGCCGGUAGCUCAUCGAAGAGCUCGUCCACUCAAUCAAGCUCUACUACCGCGCCCUCGUCGGCACCGACCGCCACUCCGACGCCGACACCUACACCGACAAGCACGCCGACGUCUACGGAGGUGUCAAACACAACAGCGACCCCAGUUGUGUCUUCUUCUCAAAGCUCGAGCUCUGUCAGCUCGGAUGAGGGCGAUGCUGGGUCCAUCAAGACUGGCCAGGGCUCCGCUGCAUCGAGAUCAAGUGCUCUGCAGGAAACAGUCACAGCUGAGCCAAAUGCUGUCCAGUCGCCAACCGCUGCAUCGACUCCGGGUAGCGUCGUCCAGUCCAAUGUGAAGAGCUCUGGAGACUCCAACUCGACGUCGUUGAUGGUCGGGAUGAUCGUGUUGGUGUGUGUGGCUGUGAUAAUUGCCGUCGGGCUGGCUGUCUACGUGCGUCGCCGCAAGCAGCAGAUUGACUCCUACAAGCGUCGCGAGGAGCAAGGCACGGCAAUGUGCGACGACGACACGUCGCCUCGCGCAUCGGACUUGUCGUCCGCCUACGACAUCGUGCACAGCCCCACGGUGCACUUUUCCUCCAUGGAGUCGAUGGGGAGCAGAGUGUGA